AUGUUUCGUUUUUUCAUCCGAAAAGAUGUCAGGAAGAUUCUCAAGCGCAAGGACAGUGAUGCCGGUGAAAGAGGUAGAGCCUUGGAGGAGCUACGUGCUUCAAUGUUUAACAAACUACGUUUGGUCACUGGUCCCAAACGCCAAAUGCAAUCUCUGUGGGGGCCCACUGUUGCUCUUACAUUUAACUUUUUAGUCUCGGUUACUAUUAUCUUGAUGAACAAACUGGUACUUGUGAAUGUAGGAUUUAAUUAUCCGAUUUUCCUAACUUUUAUUCACUACGUAUGUAGUUGGUUUAUAAUGGCACUUUUAAAAGCUCUGUCCAUUCUCUCUCUAUCUUCUCCACCCAAAUCGACAAAAUAUUCUUCGUUGUUCUCUCUUGGUAUAGUCAUGUCUCUCUCCACUGGCCUUGCGAAUGUCAGCUUAAAAUAUAAUAGGUAA